CCUAACAGGAGGGGGUGAGGGGCAGUUUCAAGGCGGCCCCUUAGUUUUGACUGGAGACAAGGAUCCGGUCCCGGGACAGAGGGUACCUUGAAACGGAUUGUUCAGAAGUGACUGGGGAAGCGGAGCACAAAGAGAAAGUGAUCCGAAUCAGAACCGGAGGAAGCAGAGCUGCGGUACCCGGCUCUAAGGCACCCGGAUCGUAGCUGCUUGUUGCAAAGGUGGAGAUACAUGUUUCACGGCUGAAUGGGAAGGCGGUAACUCGUGGCAGAGAUCAGAAAAGUAAGGACGUAGCCCGGGGCCAGCAGCUCCAAGAAGGGAGGUGAUACAGAGUACACAGUAUUGCUGCGGUGCUGAGCACAGGGGGACUAAGCUGCGUGAUCUCGAGAAACAUCCGAAGAGUGGACGGAAUCGAGGAAACUCCAUCGACAACUGGCUUAAAGCAGACAGACCUCUCGUGAGAGCUGCAAAGCCUCAGACUCCACUGGUGGAUCAAGGCUAGUCUAUUGACUGCAUCCCACAGAACAGGUGAUUACGUACAACACUUUUCCACUGUCUCAACCAUGCAGGGUGUGCGGACAGCCACCCUUUUCCAAUUCCUGUGCUCAUUGCUUGCCAUAUGCAUACUGGCCACUGCCCAACUCCAUGGUGAAAAAGGUAUCUCCGUGCCAGAGCAUGGCUUCUGUCAGCCUAUCUCCAUUCCUCUGUGUACAGACAUUGCCUAUAACCAGACCAUAAUGCCCAACCUUUUAGGACACACCAACCAGGAGGAUGCUGGCCUGGAGGUCCACCAGUUCUACCCAUUAGUAAAGGUCCAGUGUUCUUCAGAACUGCGUUUCUUUCUAUGUUCAAUGUAUGCCCCAGUAUGCACAGUGUUGGAGCAAGCCAUCCCUCCCUGCCGAUCUAUUUGUGAGCGUGCAAGGCAUGGGUGUGAGGCCCUCAUGAAUAAGUUUGGCUUCCAAUGGCCAGAGAGGUUAAGAUGUGAGAACUUUCCUCGUCACGGUGCAGAGCAGAUUUGUGUUGGGCAGAACCACUCAGAAGAUGCCGGUCCAAUAACUACUAGACCACCACAACAUGGCACCCCUGAGCCAGCAAUCUAUGCCACACCUGAUCGUCCCUUCCACUGUCCUCGGGUGCUGAAGGUACCCUCUUACCUGAACUACCGUUUUUUAGGAGAGAAGGACUGUGCUGCUCCAUGUGAACCUUCUAAGAAUGAUGGUUUUAUGUUCUUCAGUCAAGAAGAAAUCCGUUUUGCUCGUGUUUGGAUUCUGAUUUGGUCUGUACUUUGCUGUGCCUCAACCUUCUUCACAGUGACUACUUAUUUGGUUGACAUGCAGAGGUUUCGUUAUCCUGAAAGACCCAUCAUUUUCUUGUCUGGAUGCUAUACCAUGGUGUCAGUGGCCUACAUUGCAGGCUUUGUGCUUGGAGAUAAAGUUGUUUGCAAUGAGGGAUUCUCAGAGGAUGGAUAUAAAACUGUUGUGCAGGGUACCAAGAAGGAAGGUUGCACUAUCCUUUUCAUGAUGCUUUACUUCUUCAGUAUGGCAAGCUCCAUCUGGUGGGUCAUUCUAUCUUUGACAUGGUUUCUGGCUGCUGGCAUGAAGUGGGGACAUGAGGCAAUAGAAGCAAACUCCCAGUACUUCCAUCUGGCAGCAUGGGCAGUGCCAGCUGUGAAGACCAUUACCAUCCUGGCCAUGGGACAGAUCGAUGGAGAUCUCCUCAGUGGAGUUUGCUUUGUGGGACUAAAUAGUAUUGAUCCACUAAGGGGCUUUGUGCUGGCCCCUCUCUUUGUCUACCUCUUCAUUGGAACCUCAUUUCUCCUUGCUGGUUUUGUAUCCCUCUUCAGAAUUAGGACCAUCAUGAAGCAUGAUGGUACAAAGACAGAAAAGCUGGAGCGACUGAUGGUGCGGAUUGGUGUCUUCAGUGUUCUGUAUACUGUACCUGCAACAAUUGUCAUUGCUUGUUACUUCUACGAGCAGGCCUUCAGAGAGCACUGGGAACGUAGCUGGGUGAGCCAGAAUUGCAAGAGCCUAGCUAUACCAUGCCCUCUGCAAUACACCCCUCGCAUGACGCCAGACUUUACAGUCUACAUGAUUAAGUAUCUAAUGACCCUCAUUGUUGGCAUCACUUCAGGUUUCUGGAUAUGGUCAGGCAAAACCCUUCACUCAUGGAGGAAGUUUUACACCAGGCUUACCAACAGCAAACAUGGAGAAACAACUGUGUGAGGACUGAGAGACUCUUGAUGGGCCCUGUAAUCAAACUUAGACUAUAUAUUCUCCAGACUGUUUUUAAUUUUUAAUUUUAUUUUUUAACCCACCAGUUCUUUGUCAUUCUAUGCUGUCUGUGUAGCUCUCCAUAUGAUCCCUUCAGGCACAUCUUUCUGGAGUUGUAAUUAAGACUGUAAAUAGAAUUUUUGUAAAUUAUAUAUUUCUAUUUAAAAUAUGGGGUUAAAAAAUUGAAGAGACACAGGAAAAUUCCAUGGGGAAAAAAAACGUUCUUUUCUUCAACUAUUUCAGCGACUUGACCGUGCCUUUCAAAUGAUUGCAGAUAUUUAGACUGCAGUCAGUUGAGUUUUUGUUUUUUCCUGGAUAACACAUAUACAGUAUUUUUCUUUUUUUUUAUAUAUAUAUUUUUCUGUUGCUCCGCUUACAUAGUGGAAUUUGUAGUAGUUUUUAAUUUCAUGUAAGCCAACCAAAGAACUUGGAGAUCAUCUAAAUGUGUGUUUGUGUGUCAGAAUCUCAACAUCUUAAGACAUAUCAUUCUGUUGCUGCUGCUGUAGUUUCUGUCAGCAAGACAAAACUGGAUUUUUUGGGGGGAGAGUUGGGUUUUAUUUUUUAAUUCCCCAUUCUGUGCAUGAAUAGCAGCUGUGUGUUUUGUUGUUGUUUUUUUUAUUUUUGCUGUUUUCUUUGUGAAGGAUGAUUUGAAACAAGACAAAUGCAUUUUCACACCUCUAGAUGAGAGGAGUUGGCUGGAGACAAAAUGUUGAAUAUACAAGGGAUAAUGGUACUGAUUCAACAACUGUCAAAUACAUAUAUAUAUAUAUAUAUGUGUGUGUAUGUUAGAAAUGGAGAGGGAUGUGUUUUAUGCUCUGAAGAUACCUGUAGAACCUGCAUAUAUCCAAGGGACUUCAAUAUGAACCAGCCUUCACAAAAUUCUGAAUACACAUUGAUUUUGUUUUUUGUUUUCUCUUUUUUAAAUAUAUGUUGAUUUUUUAUUAAUUUUCGAAUUAAAAAUGGAAAAAAAAUAUUUUUGUUAAGAACAAGAAAGUCUUUUGGUUCUUCCUUUUUGUCCUAUGAUUGGUUAUAGAAGAUAAUGUGAAGAAUGAAUCUAAAUGGCAGAUGAAAAUGGAUAGUGUCUGGAUGCUCUAAAGCAAGUUCUGUGCUCUGUACUUCCGCUGUUGUGGAACCAGAAGCCCCAGUAUAUCUGCCAUCCAAUUGUAAGAUGUGCUGCCCCAGAGCAGUUAGAUGGCGUUGUCUCAUAAUACCAGCAUUUUCACCAAACAAAAAAAAUAAU